AACAUUUUAAAAAGACUGAAAAAUUAGUAAAAAAUAAAGACUUCAUCAGGUGUGGUCGACAGCAAUGGUAUAAAGACAUUCGAUUCGUUAAAAUUCCUCACUAAUUCGUUCUCGUCUGACGUCGAAAAAUGACCCGUUAAAAAUUAACAUAAAAACCAUUUAACUGACAUCUGCCGCCAAGAAACUCUGAGACCCGAAAACCCUUUUCAGAGAAAAUGACAGAUAAAAUGGAUUCUGUGACGCGUCCGGAAAAACCUCAGACUUUAGAUGGCAUACAAUCUAGAAAUUCCCUCGGUGAUGGCAAUUCAUCGGCAAUUUGCUCUGAUGUCAUUGUAAGUCACAAACGGUCGCGUUCGCGUAAUAACAUCGACACAGAGUCUCGUUCGCCGCGUGAUCAUUCAUCGGACGGUGUCAUGAGUACAGGGGCUGUAGGUGGUGCAAAUGAAUUUGAGAAUAACGGUGAAAAUACUCCACGUCGUGAAAGCCUUAACUACGACGAAACAAGUCCGAACAGUCAAAACUCAUUGGCCAAGUCAAUAAUGGGUCGAUCAAUGCGCCUGCCAUGCAGUGUUGGCGCAACGACACGUAAAUGUGUCUUGACUUUAGACGGAUAUUCAUACGUAAUUGUUGCCAGUACACCAGAAAAUAUACCCAAACGGGAGGAUUCAUCUUGCUCGAGCGGUGUUGGAAGUGGUAACAUUAAUAGCGGUGGCGUUGGUUGUUCCUUGCAAACUGGUAGUGCGUCCAGCAAUCCAUCCGAUUGUAGUUCCAGUACACAAGCAAUACCAGGUGGUUCUGCCGGAGGUAGUACAACAACUUGUGGCAAUAACAAUACUCAAGAUUUCUCCAAGAUCUCAAGUCCUCCCAGUGCUGAUGGCCAAUCGGAAAGUGUAAAUUUCUCCAUUACAAAUAACAGCAUUGUCUCUUCAAUCAAUGGUCAAGUUGCAAGACACGGGGCUCUCACUAUAGUUCGCCGUUCGAAUAGCCGCAAAAGUUUUACUCAACUUGAAUCACAGCAUUUAUAUCAACAACAACUCUCGUCUACUCCAACUCCAUCGUCGUCUGCCAGAGGCUCGUUUCUAGCAGAUGAAUCUGUAGGAAAACAUCCCGCCAAUACUGCAACCGCACCCCAGCACGACAAUCGCCUCAACGAAUCGUCGUCGUCUAGCUUUACCCAAGAACAAACCUAUUCCUCAGCACAAGCCACCUUAACACACAACGCUCAACUAUUCCAGACUACAACACAACAAUCAUCUCCCUCAGCAAAAAUGUUACCCACAUCACCGAACACGAGCAAUAUAGCACCCAUGCCACCUACAGCCACCGACACUAUCCCGGAUGAAAAUGUUUCCGAAUCGAAUAUGUCCACGGAUGAAAGUACGUCGGCACUCGGGUCGGCCAAAGCCAAUCUCGAUUUGGCCACAGAAAAUUUACCAGCUGUCGAUACACCAGAUGCCUGUGACAAGGCUGCACUGAGAUUACGCUAUCUUCUGCGUAUGCUCAGCACCGGCGAAAUAUCUGCCGAUGUUCUGCAAAAGAAUCUGCAUUAUGCAGCUCGGGUCCUGGAAGCAGUUUUCAUCGACGAGUCCAAAGAAGAUCCUAAAGCCGGGCGAUGUAAUGGCAACUGCAAAAAUGUUGAAUGCCAAGAGCAUCAGCAUACGCACAAUCAACAACACACAUCUUCCAGGACAGCGGGGGGCGAAACGACAGCGGUGGCAUCCAGUGAUAACAACAAUACCGAUCAGAGUCAAUGCUCUCUGAGAACAGAGGAACCGGGAAGAACGCCUGCAUCCGGCGACGAUGAAUCUAACAAUCAAAUUAGCAUAGACAGUCGGACAAAGGGAGCAUGUCUAGCACCACAAACGCAUAGCGGGCCAACAGGCCCGCCGGCCACCGAUGCACAGCAGCCAAGAGAUGCCGAAGAGAACAAGUCCACAUCCACCGCCGCCCCAACAGCCAAUCCUCAGAAUAACAGUACUGUUAGCAGUAGCAGUUGUAGUAACAAAGCAACCAUUCAAAGGCAAAAACGUCUGAGAACACCGGUCUGGGCGAGAUCCAUGUCGACAAACAAAACACGCCUCGCCGAUGAAGACGAUGAACUGUCCGAAGUGCAGCCGGAUGCUGUCCCGCCAGAGGUGCGGGAAUGGUUGGCAUCCACAUUUACGCGGCAGUUGGCUACCACGCGUAAGAAAACCGAUGAGAAACCCAAGUUUCGUUCAGUGGCACAUGCCAUACGGGCUGGUAUUUUUGUGGACCGCAUUUAUCGACGAGUUUCAAGUACUGCGCUUAUGACUUUUCCUCCAGAGGUGGUCAAAGUGCUGAAGACAUUGGACGACUGGUGUUUUGAUGUAUUCGCUUUGGCAGAGGCUGCCAAUGGCCAACCUGUCAAAUACAUUGGCUAUGACUUGCUCAACCGAUACGGCAUAAUUCACAAGUUCAAAAUUGCACCCGCUACCCUGGAAAUAUUUUUAAAUCGAAUCGAGGAGGGCUACUGCCGCUAUCGCAAUCCAUAUCACAAUAACUUGCACGCGGCAGAUGUCACCCAAACGGUCCACCACAUGCUGUGCCAAACGGGCCUAAUGAACUGGCUAACAGAUCUCGAAAUAUUUGCCACCCUGUUGGCGGCUCUCAUCCAUGACUACGAACACACAGGAACGACCAACAAUUUCCACGUGAUGUCCGGCUCGGAGACCGCCUUGUUGUACAAUGACCGCGCGGUCUUGGAAAAUCAUCACAUAAGCGCCGCGUUUCGUUUGCUAAAAGAUGAUGACUGCAAUGUGCUUUCGAAUUUAUCACGAGAGGAGUACCGCGAACUGAGAACACUCGUCAUCGACAUGGUGCUAUCCACCGACAUGUCCUUCCACUUUCAGCAACUGAAAAACAUGAAAAAUCUACUCACACUCAAUGAGGCUACUGUUGAUAAGUCUAAGGCUUUGGCCCUGGUCCUCCACUGUUGUGACAUUUCGCAUCCUGCCAAACGUUGGAAUCUCCAUCAUCGCUGGACGAUGUUGUUGCUGGAGGAAUUCUUCCGCCAGGGUGAUCUUGAAAGGGAAUUGGGCCUGCCAUUCAGCCCCUUGUGCGAUCGUAAUAACACUUUGGUGGCCGAAUCACAGAUUGGUUUUAUCGAUUUCAUUGUGGAUCCUAGUAUGUCUGUCAUGGCGGAUAUGUUGGAGCAUGUUUUGGCACCAAUAGCUCCGAUGUGCAAGAACGUCAAUGCAAGUAUAGAUGCUGGCGAUGUGCCCGUUGACGGUCCCCCAUCAACGGGUAGUACGAGUCGAAGUAAUUUGAAAAAUCGUCCAACCUGCGAAGCAAUAACCGAAGACAAUGAGAAUAAAUCUUCCGAAGAUGCUAACAACUCCACACAGCCAGUGGCAACGCAAAGUAAGGGAGUUGUCAGCGGUGGCGGAUCGAGUUCAUCAGCUGCAACUGCAUUUAAACAUAAAUUUACGAUUCGUAAACCCUGGGUUGCGUGUCUAACUGACAAUAAGAAAAUAUGGAAGGAACAAGCCAUUAAAGAUGCAGAAGCCAGAGCAGCUGCAGCCGCAUUAGAAGAAUCUGAUAAAAAAUCUGAGGACUAAAAACCGGAUCAUAGACAAACUUAAAGGAAAAUGAUAACCGAUACGUCCAUCGUAUGAACUUUGAAGUUUAAGCAAAAAUACAUUUGGAUGAAAGCUCAAAUAUAUUAUUAAAAUACAAAUUAAGUAAUACUAAGUAAUACUAAAUUCUACAACUUACUAAAAGGACCCUGAAAAGAAAGCCAUAAGAACAGCAAGUUAUUCAACCUAAUUUUACAAAAUUGCUAUAAGGACUAACUAUUAAUACAUUCACAAAGAUAAGUAACCCAAACAAAAUAAAAAUACAUACAUAUAUAUUUUAAAAAGAUAAACUUAUUUACAAAAAAAAAAAAAAAAAACGUCAAACAAAAACACCACAUGAUUACGCUUGAAUUAAAUAAAAAAUAUAUUUAAACAUGAGUAUGUAUUUUCCUGUGUAUGUUAUUUUUUGGAAACAAAGAAUUUUGUAAAUAUUACAUAAAAGAAAAAUAUAUAUGUACGCGUAUGUACACAUAUUAUAAACAUUAGAAUAUACCGCAGAAAUAAUUAUUCGCAAUUAUAUCAAAGUAAUCCUAAGUUGAGAUAAUCAAUUUUUGUUAAGAUUUAUAUCAAAUUUUAUGCUGCUAUGUCUGUUACAAUGAGGUAAACAUAAGCUUUUUUUGUUGGUACAAUUUUUUUGUUAUUAUAUAAACAUUAAAAUAAAUUUAGGCCAAAAUUGUUAAUAUUUUUGAUUUGUUUAGAAUUAUUAUUUUUUUACGUGUUAUUGUAUGGAAUAAUAUGUUACACGUUUUUCUUUAUAUCUCAAAGAUUUGUGAAGCACUCCUAAAUGUUACACUGGAAAGGGACAACAUCUUUUGGUUGGUACUAAAGGCAAACUCUACAGUUAUACCCAUGGUACAAUAACUAAUGGUAGAAUAAAACUACCUUUAAAAUAUCACUUUUUUGUGCCCAUAUUCUGUCAAAACACACACACACCACGUGUAUAUGUGUUCAUUGUUUUGAAUAAAAGGGGGAGCAAUUAAAAUGUAGUUCAAAUUUAAAUGGGGAAUAAAUUAACCAAUUUUUGGAAAAACAA